GAGAUAUAGAGGGAGACAGAGGGAGAUAGAGAGGAGAUGUAAAUGUGGACCCAGUGCAACUUUCUGCACCCACCGAUGGAGAGGCUGAUCAUCUGGAGCAGAUAUUCAGAUAGACUCUGUUUCAUUAAAUAUGACAUUAACUGUGACGCGAGCUGAUAAGAAAUUCUCCGACUAAUUUCUGUACGCAGUGACUAAUUUUCUUUUCUCCGCUCUCCAUGAAGCAGCAGCGACAAGGACUAUUUUUAGACACAAUGUAGCGGUGCAGGAAUCAAUCAAACUGGAGAAGAAACAUCCUGUUGGUGUGAAUCUGCUGCUUUAUUUUAUUUUUUUUUUAAUGUUUUUUGGGGAAGAUUUCAGUGUGCGCUCUGCGGGCCAUGGGACAGGAUGCUGCUGCUCUGUCACUGCGCCCGUUUCUCUUCAAACUUUUGCUCCUUGGAAUCCACCACACUUUAUAGAAACGGUGUUAAGCUUAAUGGGACUUCUUUGACUUUUCUUUUUCCAGCUGGCAUUUUGACGUCAAGUCACCGUUGAAUCAACAUCAGUUUACAUUUGUGCAGGCUCUGAUGGGAAUUAAGCAUUCGUCGCGCUGCAUGCUCCUAGGGAGAAAAAUGGCGGAGACUGAGCGUAGUGAGCAGCCUCAGACCCAACCACGGCCAGUACGCAUUAUUCCUUCUCAAUCAGUGCAGCCGACUUCCUUGCCCAAGCCGGUGCCUUCUGUCCAGCCUACCCCUUGGCCUUCUCUCACACCACACACCCCCCAUGCUGCAAGUCUCCCCAGCUGUCCGGGACGUGGCAGGAUGGCCAAGUUCCACAGCCCAGAGGAGAUGACUUCACGAGACUACUACUUUGACUCAUAUGCCCACUUUGGGAUUCAUGAGGAAAUGCUGAAGGAUGAGGUGAGGACACUAACCUACAGAAACUCCAUGUAUCACAACAAGCACAUCUUCAAGGAUAAAAUAGUGUUGGAUGUUGGAAGUGGGACUGGGAUCCUCUCCAUGUUUGCAGCCAAAGCAGGAGCAAAGCACGUCUACGGGAUUGAAUGUUCCAGCAUAUCAGAGUACUCAGAAAGGAUCAUCAAGUCCAACCACCUUGACAGCGUUGUCACCAUAUUCAAAGGGAAGGUGGAGGAGGUGGAGCUUCCUGUCGAGAAGGUGGACAUCAUUAUAUCAGAAUGGAUGGGGUACUGUUUGUUCUACGAAUCCAUGCUCAACACCGUCAUCUUUGCAAGGGACAAGUGGCUGAAGACUGGUGGCUUGAUGUUUCCUGACCGCGCCUCCUUGUAUGUGCUGGCCAUUGAAGACAGGCAAUACAAGGACUUCAAAAUACAUUGGUGGGAGAAUGUGUAUGGCUUUGACAUGACCUGCAUCCGCAACGUGGCAAUGAAGGAGCCCCUGGUGGACGUGGUGGACCCCAAACAGGUGGUGACCACCUCCUGCCUGGUCAAGGAGGUUGACAUCUACACAGUGAAACCAGAGGAUCUCUCGUUCACCUCAGCGUUCUCCUUGCAAAUCCAGAGGAACGACUACAUCCAUGCACUUGUCACCUUCUUUAAGAUCGAGUUUACCAAGUGUCACAAAAAGACAGGAUUUUCCACAGCUCCAGAUGCUCCCCACACCCACUGGAAGCAGACCGUUUUUUACCUGGAGGAUUAUCUGACAGUCCGAAGAGGCGAAGAAAUUACUGGCAGCUUUACAAUGAAGCCCAAUGAGAAAAAUAUUCGUGACUUGGACUUCACUUUUGAACUGGAUUUCAAAGGGCAACUGUGUGAGGCAGCGAUCUCUCAGGACUACAAAAUGCAUUAGAGUGGAGAGCGUUGGCCGACAAAGUUUAACACAGAGGAGGAAGAUGAACAUACUCCUCAGCACAAACUAACUCACAGCAGGAGGACGGGAGGGUCCGCAGCAACAGAACAGGCCAAAGACCAGAUCAAGAUGACGUUACCCCUGCAAUAACAGUAAAAGUGUUGCUUUGUUGUGUAAUGAGAGCAGGAAAUCGUUUUUGCAGACUGUUAAAAUAAUUCUGAAUGUAAAACAAGCAGUUCAGUAAUAUUUCUAGCACCAAUGAAUGUUCUUAAUAGCUGUGUGAUAAUGUGAGGUGGAGUGAUGUACCUGUGGAUUGUGGUCUGUAUUUGUUUAUAAUUUGGAUGGGUUACUGCUUUUUUUCCACAUUCAGUUAUGAACAAACAGUAAAUUACAUCAUUAGAUUGAUGUAAUUUUGUCAUGUUAUGUGCAGUAAGGUAGGGAAUGACCGAAUUGCAACUAUUUGUGUAAGUGUAGUAACUGUUCAGUAACUGAACAUUACAGCCAAGGACAAACAGAUGUACACUGAACAGUUUGUACAAUUUCCCUUCCUGCCUUUGUGAGGGUGCAGUAUAUAGUGACCAAAUUGACAUUGUGGCUCAUUUUAAUGUUUAUUUGCGGUUUAGGGUUGUACCAUCUCUGAUGUCACUUCUUUAUCACAACUUUAGAAAAAUGCAUAUUUGUAAGUUGCCUGUACUUUUAUAAUGCUUUAUCAAGCGCUAUAAAGCACUACGUUUAUUCAUACACAAAUUCACCCUGAUGGUGGUAAGCAUCAGGCAGGGCUGUUAUACCAGCUGCCAUCUCUGAGCACCAAAUGGCCUCAGUCAUCUUCCCCAAGCAGAGGCUCAAUCAGCAACCUCCCGGUUAGGGGAUGAACCCUGACCUCCCUAGCCACUACAUGUAUAAGCCAACCUUUUAAAUAUGUGCGUCCCUCAACAUGCAAGUUAUCCCAGAUGUUGGUAAAUUGCAAGUAAUCCAUACAAAGUAUCCAAAUUGGUUUGGUCUGCUCUAAUGUUAAAGGGUCUAGAAGUGCUAUUCCUUCAGCAGUGGAGUCGAUCAAAGUGCAUAAUAUUUUCAUGAUGUGUUUUAGUUUCCAGCUCUUUCUGUGGGCCUUCUCCAUUUCAGUCUUGCCUCAUGCAUGCACAUGGGUCAGUUGUUGAAUGCUCCUCUUUAGAGGCAGGAGGCACGCCAUCCUGUCUCCAUGGCAGCCAAAAUGGGUGCUAAAGUGACCUCUAAAGUUUUGAGGAUGCUAUUUUUUUUCUUUCCGCCUGUGCCCUUCAAAAAGCUCUGUGCACUCAAAUCCUUUGACUUAUCCAUCAGGAAUGUUGGUAGGAUCCUAAAAAGAAACUUUUUUUUUUUGGCCCUCUAAAAAAAGACCUUGUGUUUCAGUUUUUUUAUAAUAAUUUACAAAUGUAUUUGUGUCGACUCCCCUCAUACGGCUUACAUGGGUGGCUACUUUUAAUAGCCUGCAAAAUAUAUUACACAUUUCACAUUUCUUUUUUAGUUCUGACCCUAAGUUUUAGUUAAAAUGUUAACCAAGCCUUGUUUUUACCAUUUUCGUCCAAAUCAUCCUGAGGAACUACAGAAAAAAUGCAGCAUUUUACAAACUUCAAACUUAUUUUAGGACAAACACAGAAAAAUUAAACAUUAUAAGCAGCUGCUGUACUACUAAUGCAUGGUGAUAUGAUGAAACAAUAACCAGGCUACUUGUAGUUUAUACACUCCCUAUCUUUAGGCUCUGCAUUGUUCCCAAUUUACCUGUGAUCUUAAUAAGGCUGUUGCCAACACUAUUCUUUCAUUAAAAAAGUGAAUGUACAUUA